UUAAACACAAAGAAGAGCAAUUAUAGCAGCCCAGUCAGUGAGGGUGGCAACUUCGACUCUCUGCAAUCUGAAUGGGUCACAGAGGAGACAGGCCAUGUUGAGUCCAGUUUGGUACAUGGGUGCUCGACCAAAACCCUCUAACGCUACUGCUACUUCGUCUUCUCACUCUCACUUCUUUCAGAGUUCCAGAACAAACGUCAGUUCAUCAAAGCUCUACCAUUUGCACCACAAGACUCCAAGAAAAUUGUCAGUUUUCGCUAUGUCCGCUGAUGCAAAGAAGACUAGUGAGGAAGGCGAUAAGCGCUCACUGCCAAGCAUGUCUGAUAUUCUUGAAGCUUCUAGAGCACAGAAACUGGACCUUCAACUCAAAACCCUGGGACCCUUCUUCAGGAUCACUGCCACUAGCCUCCAAACCCACGCAGAGCUGGGAAAAGCUGAAGGCCUUAUACGAAUCUCGUUUCAAGGAACAAAGAUUCUUCACUUGGAUUCCAUGAAGCUCCACAGGGAAACCCUCAGCAUGGAGAAAUCAAUCUUUGGCCUCGGUUUGUUCAUUGGUGCCGUCGCUAUUCGCCACUGCUACGAUUCUGGCUGCACCACCGCUCAGGUACUCGCAAUCAAUGAUUCUGACCUUUACCAUUCUAAGUUGGUUAGGUUCUACAGCAGACUUGGAUUUAGAGAGGUGUGCCAAGUGAGUGGCUCUUCAAUUGGGGAUAUUCCACACAUGCUGAUUUGGGGAGGUGUUGGUAUACGGAUGGAUGCCAGCAUUGAGGAACUCAUGCUCAAAUGGUGUACCAGAUUCAAGAAAAAUCAAAGCCCUCAAUCAUGACUGAUCCCAUUACAAUUUACCUUCUUUUCUAAUUUCCUAUGUUUUGAAGGGUUUUUUUUUAUAUUUUUGUACAAAGAAGGCCCUAAGGCCAAAAAAUAUUUUGAAGUUUGAUUUUAAAUAUGUAUGAUUUUCUUUACAAUCUCGCUACAAGAAUUAUGUCAACUCUUACCAAUUUUAAAUGGGCUGAAGUCCAUUUCAUUUAAAAAGUCUUAAUUAUCCAAGAUUAAUUCUAAUGUCUUAUAUUUAUUAUUGUAAAUCUAAUUUACUCAAAAUUUUCACUAUAUAAUUACAUACCCCACUUUAUUUUUAAUGGAUGUGUUAAAACUUAUUUGAAUGUAUUUUUAAUAAAUGUGUCUUUUAUUAGAAGUGUUUUUAAUAAAUGUGUCUUUUGUUGGAAGUAUCUUUAAUGAAUAUAUCUUUUGUUUUACACUUUUUUAAAUGUGUCUUUAAUAGAUGUAUCUUACUAUUUAAAAUUUACUCGAAUGUGUCUUUGAUAAACCACUAUUUUAUGGUUUAUAUUGUGUUUAAUUGUGUGGUUUUAUCAUGAUCCUUACUCACUUAUUCAUUAAUUUAGCAUGCAUUUAUAUUUCCUUCCUGAAAUUAUUACAUGAUUGAAAACUGCUUCCUAGAGACUUCUAAUUCUGCAUUUUAAUUCUCCUUUAUUCCAUUCGAUGCUGUAAUCUGUGUGUUAAGUGUUUCAGACUUUAUAGGGCAUGAAUGAGUUGGAGAUUGGAAAGGAAGCCAGCAAAAAUGGAAGGAACGUAAGAAAGUGAGGAGAUAACCAGCGAGAAGUAACGCGGCCGCAUGGCUCACGCGUUCGCGCGAAAGAGGAGAAAUCACAGUGACGCGGCCGCAUGGCUCACGUGACCGCGUGGAUUGGAAAAGCACAUGUGACGCGGAAGCGUGGACGACGCGAACGCGUGGCAGGGAAAACGCGAAUGACGCGUCCGCGUGGAUGACGCGAUCGCGUGACUUGCGCGAUCUGCAUAAUCUGUAGAAUUCGCUGGGGGCCAUUUUGGACCCUAUUUUGACCCGGUUUUCAGCCCAGAACAGCAGACUAGAGCCAGAGAACAUGCAGAAACCAGAACAACAAUUCAUUCUACACAGUUUUAGUUUUAGAUCUAGUUUUUACUACUCCUCUAGGUUUUCUCUUUUGAGACAUUGAUAGUUCUUAGGAUUUUAUUUUUCUACCACUUUUUGCAUUGGGAUACUGAGAAGAGUUAUUACCUCAUCAAGACUUCGUCAUUCUAGUUCGUUUUCUUUACUUGGCUUUACUCUUCCAUGUCCUUUGCUUUGUUAAUUUUACCAUUGGAAUAUUUUUAGGAUUAUUUAAUACAAGGAUUAUUUUUAUUUUUAA